CAUCUCUCGUUCUCUCGUCUCUCUCAUCUCUCAUUCUCUACCUCUCAUCUCUCCCACCUACCCACAGCCUUAUCUCUGGAGACUGGGAGCGGAGGGGUGCCCGAGCGCCGCCGCCGCGGGAGCCGCGGAGAGGGGCGCGCGAGGCGCCGCCAUCGAGGGAGCCGGCCGCCGCCGCCGCGGAGAGGGCCGAGCAUGUGAGGCUGUACCAGGAUGCGCUCGUCGGGGCCGGCGAGCUGGGCGGCGAGCCCGGGCGGUGCUGGGAGGAGCUGUUCCUGGCGGUGCUGGGCGCGCAUCACCUCGUCUACGUGGCGGGCUGGUCGGCGUUCCCCAGGGUCCGGCUGCUGCAGGUGCCAUGUCGCCGGAGAUGGCGGCCAAGGCGGCCGAGGUGAGGGCGCUGGGCGGCGUGGCGGUGGAGGACAUGAGCCUGGGCGACCUGCUCAAGUACAAGUCCCAGGAGGGCGUCGGGUGCUGCUCCUCCAGUACGGCGAGGAGACCAAGAAGUUCUUCAAGCACUCGUUGGUGAUCUGCCUGCUGUCGCCGCGGUAUCCCAGCAACAAGCUCGGCAUGGUCAAGCACAAGGUGGUGGGGACGCCGUACACGCACCACCAGAAUUGCGUGCUCGUCGACACGCCGGCGUCGGAGACGACGCGCCGGGUCACGGCGUUCCUCGGCGGCCUCAACCUCUGCGCCGGCCGCUACAACACGCCCGCCCACACGCUCUUCCGCGGCCUCCGCACCGUCUUCCACGGCGACAUCUACAACCCCACGUUCCGGGAGGAGGAGGAUGCCAAGAAGCUGGGUCCCCGGCAGCCGUGGUACGACAUGCACUGCCGGCUGGACGGGACGGCGGCGUACGACGUCCUCGAAAACUUCGAGCAGCGCUGGAGGAAGACAACGAGACUGCACCUCAAGGGUGUGCUACGGUUCGGCAAGAAGGCGCACUGGAAGGAGGACGCCCUACGAAAUAUCGAGCGCAUCACCUGGAUCCUCAGCUCCGCCGCCAAGUUUGAUGCUGAUGCCGCCGGCAGCGGCGACGACGACGACGACGGUGAUUUGUUGAAUGAUUUGUCGGAUGUACGAGUAUUUUUUUGGAUCAAUUCAAUAUUUUGUUGUUGAUUCUUUUGAAUGAAUCUCUACUGCAAGUAGAGGAUGGGAUGCUA